GGGAGACAGACGUAAGACCUGUCUCUCUCUCUCUCUGUCUGUUUAUUACUCUCUCUCUCUCUCACUCUCUCUUUUUGUCCCAGCUGCAGUACAAAUCCUGGCUUUCCUCACAGCUCUAUUAGCCUGCUCUGCUCCACACAACUGCUCCACGAGACACACCGAGAACAAGGCACACACCCACCCACACACACACACACAUAGAGUAUCAUCACACAGCAACACACACACACACACACACUGACACACACACACUGACACACACACACCUCUCCUGGAGCUCCUUCAGAACCAGAGGAGGAGAAAACAGGGUGGAAGAAUUUGGCCUCAAGUCCUGCAACCGCCUUCAAACUGCUGGGAUGCCCGCUAUGGAGGUAAAGGUUCCUGUGAGGUUCCUGUGACGCAACCUGAACCUGAACCUGGUCUGUGCUGCUCUGCAGGGAUGAGGUGGUGGCUGGUAGUGGUCAGUCUAUGGCUGCUGGUGGCCCUGACCGUCCCGGACGCCCAGGCCAGGAACAGACCUCGGGACCAGGAUGGUGGGACCCACCGGGGGAAGAGGAAGAGGGACGGACAUGGUCCUAUGCGGGCCAGAGCGGGGCACUCUAGACCUCUGAAGAUCAGACUGGUUCCUGGUCCCAACAUCCCAGUGGAGCCUGGAGAAAACCGAGGAAAUACUCUGUUCCUUGAUUCCUACAAGAACCUACAAGAACAGCAUUCCAGCUACAACGUUAUCCCAGGUAAGCAGGGCCAGUGUGUGUACCAGGGUCUGACCAUGUUUGACCAGGCCGUCUGGUCUCCAAAGCCCUGUGUGACUUGUCUGUGUACCGGAGGGCGGGUGGUUUGUGACAAGAUCACCUGUCCCAUAGUGCACUGCCAUUUCCCCUUCGUCCCCGCUGGGGAAUGCUGCCCCAUCUGCAUAGAGCCAGAACCUGACUUCAGCCUUGACCUUUCUGGUGACUCCCCAGUUCCCAACGACCCCGGUGUGUCCGUGACCCCACUGACCCAGGAGGAGAUCCAGCGAAUCCUCUGGCGGGAGGAGGAGGAGCACCGUGAGGAGGAGGAGCGCCUGAGGAAGAAGGAUGAAGCGAGGAAAAAGAGGAGGAGGCAGAGGAAGGAGCAGGCAGAGAAACAAAGGAAAAUAGUGGAGAAGAGGAGGAGGGAGGAGGAGGAGGCGCUGAGGCUGCAGGUAGAGAAAGAGGAGGAGGAGUGGAAGAGGCAGAUAGAGGAGGCAGAGAGGAGGAGACAACAAGAGGAGGAAGACAGAAGACGGAAGGAGGAAGCGGAGAGAGAAGCAAGGGAGAUGGAGAGGAAGCUAGAAGAGGAAAGGAGGAAGCAGGAGGAGAUUUUGAGGAAAGAACUACUGGCUCUGAUAGAGGAGGAGGAGGAGGAGCGGCUGGAGGAGGUAGAGGAGCGGCAAGAGGAGGAGGAAGAGGAGGUGGAGGAGGAAGUGUGGCUGAGAGGAGAUGUGUUUCAGAUGCCCCCAAAAGAACCUGAAGAACCCGAGGAACCAGACUUCCUCCCUGCUCCGAUCCCAAGACCUCCUGCUGCGACGGAGGACGAGCUGAAGGAGAUGGAAGGAGAGGAGGUGGAGGAGGAAGGGGAAGAGGCGGUAGUGAACAGAGGAGGCCUUCCUCCGGGCUGCGACAUCUCUGACGUCACUGUGACGUGUGAGAACGCCAAACUCACCUACUUUCCUCCUCUGGCCAUACCUGAGCUCAAAUCUCUCAGUCUGGAGGGCAACAACAUCAGCACCAUCCCAGCAGAAGCCUUCAAUGGCAUCCCCAACCUCGAAUGGAUCAACCUGAAGAAAAACAAAUUCACCUCAGCCGGUAUUGAUGCUAAAGCCUUCAAAGGUCUGAAGAUGCUAAGGCGUCUUUACUUGGAUGGGAACCUUCUCGAAACCGUGCCCUCGGACCUCCCCCCCACCCUGCAGGAGCUUAAGAUCAGUGAGAACAGACUGAGAGAAAUCCAUGAAAACAGCUUCCAAGGUAUGAGCAGUCUGGUGAUUCUGGAGUUGGAGGGAAAUCUGCUGAGUGAGGGGAAUAUAGAUCCUCUGGCAUUCGCUCCCCUCAUCCAGCUCUCCUAUCUCCGACUGGGCAGAAACCACUUCCGCACCGUACCACAGGGUCUUCCCAAGUCUCUGCUGGAGCUGUACUUGGAGAACAACCUGAUUGAGGAAAUCUCAGAGACAGUUUUCAAUCAGACCCAGAGUCUGAAUGUGGUUUCUCUGAGACACAACAGGCUGGAUGAGACCAGGAUUGCCCCGCUGGCCUGGAUCAAUCACAGAAAUCUGGAGUCCAUCGACCUUUCUCAUAAUCACCUGUACCUGGUUCCAUCCUACCUACCCAGAUCUCUGGUCCACCUAGUGCUGGUGGGAAACAACAUAGAGCGGAUACCUGGUUACGUUUUUGCCCACAUGGACCCUGGUUUAGAGUACCUCUACCUCUCUUACAACAAACUGGAUGGGGAGGGAAUCGAACCUGAAUCGUUCUUCGGCUCAUACAACUCCAUGGUGGAACUGUGUCUGGACCACAACCAGCUGAUCACUGUGCCCUCUGGCAUAAAUGAGAUGACCAACUUACACUUCCUCAGACUCAACAAUAAUAAGCUCAGGAGUAUCCCUGAUGAAAGCAUCUGCGACCCGAACCACAGCGGAGACUCCACUCUGGUUGCCUUGAGGCUGGAAAACAACUACAUUGAGCCCCUGAAGGUCUCACCAACAGCCUUUUCUUGUGUACGCUCCUCUUCCAGUGUGAUCUUGAAACCCCAGAAAACCAAGUGACAUGUGACAAAUUCACACAAAACAAAGAAACUAAAAGACACUUGUUUAAAACCUCAGAAAGACAGGGGCAAAAAGUUUUUAAUCUGCCAAGAGAAAUCAAAAUUUAAGAUGAAUUUCCCCUCACUGGCUAUAAAUUACACAAAAAUAAUAAUAAAUUACUUAAAAAGGCUUUCAUGUCUGACGUACAGGUUGAACAAGGACAAAAAGGAACUUAACUCAAAACACAGUUGCCACUAAUGUAAUCUGCCUUAUGGGAAUGUACUGUCCUGUCAUAUCCUUGGACUGAACCUGAGCUGCAUAAAAGUAAGAUUUUCUUCUUCUCAAGCCCAUGUACACUGUUUUAGGUCUGGUAAGUUGUUUUGCACUGUAGCCUGGCCCAACUUAAACUGGUGUGAAGGUGACAGAACACCUUCAGACUUCAAAAUCAAACACAUCUGUCUGCUUUAGUCAAAUGUUAAACUCUCUAAAAUGGAAAGAAUUCCUACACCAUACACAGUAAAACGAAAAUGCUAAUAAAGAAAUGGAAAGAAUUCUAUGAAGUGAGACCACAAGCCCAACACAUUAUUUUUAACAACCUCACUACCUUCAUGUUCCAUUUCGCAGCUCUGUUUCUUCCAGUGCCUCCCUUCUCUGACAUGGAAAGGACUGUGAGUAGUGAGAUCACAUUGUGUGACAAAUCAUUCAAGAGUGUAAAAGAUUAGAAGACGGUUAAAGGAUUAAGUUAAAGGGAGUGCUGUUGGAGAACCCAAUUCCCCUGACAGAUAAAGAGACAGAAUAUGUGACAUGUCAGCCCAUUUCCUCUAUCUUUUACAUUCUUUAUCCACACUUCAGUGAAUAGAAGCAGGGCAGAAACUUCCUCUGGUGCAGUUUCACUGGAUUUAUUCGUGACACAAAGGAUUAACUGGAGUCUCGUUUGGUGUAGGUUUUGAUUUUUAGUGCAGUGCGAUGUUUUACUUGUUAAUGGCUCCACAAUAAAUGCAGGUAUCGUACACAAUCAGCCUGUAUGGCUUUCACUUCACUUUGUAAUAUAAAGUGACGGUGGGCUGCACACAUAGUUAUAUAACUUGACUUACAUCCAGCUUUAGUUGUUGUGUUCAAGUUGCUUCGUUCAUUGUUGGGUGGGCAUUGUGGUUAUCAGAGGGUUUGCUAUAGAGUUGGGACUGUGUGGUCUGAGGAAACACAAUUCCAAAGAGAAUGCCUUUGACCUCAAGGUCUCUCUAAGGACCCUCCUCAAGCAGAACAGAGUUGAGAUACGGGAGGAACCACUGGCUCCAGAAGUAUUUUCCCUACUGUAAUUCCCAUUUCAACAUUUCCUCAACACAGAAACAUUAUUUAAUGUAUAGGUCUAUGUUUAUGUAGGGAUGGGAAUCAAGAACUGGUUCCAAAUAGUCCAAGCCAUCGGGAUCGUAUGGAUAUGCUUGGUGGUAUCCUUUUAUCAUGUUUUUUUAUGAGAGUAAGAAACGGUCCAAAGCGUGGUCUCAUUUGACGAAGAAACUCAAACUACUAUAACUCUACUCUGUUUCGACACGGUGUGUUUAGACUCGGAUAUAAUAAAACAGUUGCGUUGAUGCUGAAAACCUGUGUAGACCUACUUCUUUUCUACACAGAAAAUUCUUCAGGAAGCAAUAAGAUAACUGACAAAGAGCUGGACCAAUAAGCAAAACUGAUACUAUUAUCAACAAAAUAAAUUCCCAUCCCUAUGUUUAUGCCUAAACUAUAAACCUGUGUAACUGUAGUGUAAUGUAUUAAUAAGUCAACAACAGCACUGAGAGUGAAUAAAACAAGGCUUCUGCAGCUUGGGAGAGUAAAUCAUUUAUGUAUGAGCAGGGAAGAUGUGGAAUAAAUGUUUUACUUACAGAUCGAAUUAAUCUGUUACUUACAGAUUGUACCACUGCUUUAAAUAACAUUGACUAUAGGUACAGUGUGCCCAAAUAUUUAAGUGUAAUUUACGGUUAAGAAGUGUUGUUUUAUUACAAAUACAAAAACUGACUUUUAAAAAAAAAAUGUUUGAAUUGAAAUACAGCUGCCCCUCACUUUGCUCUUGGCUGGCCAACAUGCAUAGAUUAUAUGAAAAAAUGUCUAUCUGAUGUGUCAACAAUCAUAUGCUAUAGUUGACAACAAUGUUUGUUACGGUGACAAUGUCAAAUAAACUUCACUAUGUUCCUA